CAUCGUCCUCCGACAGAGCCUCACCGAGACCUAAACAACAUGGUCCCACUUCGCGGCGUUUUAGUCCUGGUGCUAUUCGUCCUGGCCGCCAGACACGCUUCCAGCGAGCAUAUUAAUCUCGCUGACGUCUCCUGCGGCCUAGGAGCGACUGGGACGCGCACGGCGAGACUCGUCGGAGGACAAAACGCUGUACCGCACGAGUUCCCAUGGAUGGUGAGCAUCAGCAGAAAGGGAGGACACUUCUGCGGCGGUACUAUUCUUAAUUCAAGAUUCGUUCUGACUGCGGCGCACUGCUUGUGCUCGGCAACGUCCGUGAUCCCCGUCGGUCAAUUGCGGGUGAGCCUCGGCGAGUACAAUCUGAGAGGACCGGAAGUGCCACCGUCGAGGGAAGAGAGAGUGGCGAACGCUAUUUUGCACCCAGGCCACAAAUGCGGAAAAUACCUAGACGAUAUUGCCCUCCUGGAACUUGCGAGGCCAAUCGCUUGGUCGGAAAGCGUGAAACCCGCCUGUUUACCUGUGGCCACAGGGAAACCAGGAUACAGCGCCUUCGGCGGGGAACUCGCCAAAGCGGCCGGAUGGGGCUGGCUAGGCGAAGACAGGUCCAAACACAAACGAGCAGACGUUUUGCAGAAAGUGGACGUUCGUGUGAUCGAGAACCGUGUUUGUCGCGAGUGGUACGCCAGCGAGGGCAAAUCUACUCGCGUGGAGGGAAAUCAGAUGUGCGCAGGCCACGAAGAAGGUGGCCGAGAUUCGUGCUGGACCGACAGUGGUGGCCCUUUGAUGAUUGGAAGCUACCCUAACAGUAACAUGAUGGUCGUGGGAAUAGUCUCGUCGGGGGUAGGAUGUGCCCGCCCGCGACUUCCUGGUGUAUAUACUCGUGUAUCGGAGUAUAUACCUUGGAUCAAGCAACACGCACUCUCAAUACGAUGAAAGACAACUCAAAGCUUUAUCGUUUCACUGACUUCGACCACAGCGGAAAAUAAAUUUUUAAGAAUUUAGAAAUAGAUACGCUGUGCGUCGAUCAUAACUUAGAAUGUUUUAUUGUUGCGAUGUGUGAGAAAAGAAGUAUGUUAGCAAACUUAAAAAGCCAUAAUUAUGUUGAAGUAGUUUUUAAUUCAUAUUUUCAUCUAGUCAUAUUUAUUUACGAUUACAUUCUUCUUGUGCAAUCGUACAUAUAAUUAUUAUAUGAUAAUAAUGUAUUGUAUAUAUUCAGGAAAGAUUACCAUGAAAAGUAUUAUGUGUUUAUAAGUUGCAUGAAGUUAUAUGGUACAUUUUA